UGUAUCACCGCCUGGUACGUCAACUGCACCGCCCUCAACCGCAGAGCUCUCCAGAGGGUAGUGCGGUCUGCACAACGCAUCACCAGGGGCAAACUACCUGCCAUCCAGGACACCUACAGCACCCGAUGUCACAGGAAGGCCAAAAAGAUCAUCAAGGACAACAACCACCCCAGCCACUGCCUGUUCACCCCGCUAUCAUCUAGAUGGCAAGGACCUGAGCCCUAGGACCAUGCCUCAGGACUACCUGGCCUGACGACUCCUGGCUGUCCCAGUCCACAUUGUCAUGCUGCUGCUCCAGUUUCAACUGUUCUGUCUGCGGCUAUGGAACCCUGACCUGUUCUCCGGACAUGCUACCUUGUCCCGGACCUGCUGUUUUUGACCCUCUCUCUCCCUCUCCCUCUCCCUCUCUCUCUCUCUCUCUCUCUCUCUCUCUCUCUCUCUCUCUCUCUCUCUCUCCCUCUCUCUCUCUCUCCCUCUCUUUCUCCCUCUCUACCGCACCUGAUCUCUCAACUUCCUAAUGCUGGGCUAUGAAAAGCAGACUGACAUUAACUCCUGAGGUGCUGACCUGUUGCACCCUCUACAAUCACUACGAUACAACCAUCUAUGAACGUUUGAACAUUUUGAAGAAAGAUCUGGCCUUAAUGGCCAUGUACUCUUAUAAUCUCCACCCAGCACAGCCAGAAGAGGACUGGCCACCCCUCAGCCUGGUUCCUCUCUAGGUUUCUUCCUAGGUUCCUGCCUUUCUAGGGAGUUUUUCCUAGCCACUGUGCUUCUACAUCUGCAUUGCUUGCUGUUUGGGGUUUUAGGCUGGGUUUCUGUAUAAGCACUUUGUGAUAUCUGCUGAUAUAAAAAGGGCUUUAUAAAUACAUUUGAUUGAUUGGUUGAUACUCACUUCUCCUCCUGGCAACCUCUCUCACCUUCCCUCUCCUCCUCCUCUUUCCCUGCUUUAUCCUAUUUCCAUUCAAUCUCUCCACCUCUGUCCCCCUACAAUACUCCCCUCCUGUCUCCACCACUGAAAUUACAUUUUUGUAUUGAGCCACUGUAUGAGAAUUUAACAUUACAGCAAAUGUGAAAACAAUAUAACAGAUUCUAAUAAAGCACAACUCUGGGUGACCUCAUACCAGGUAAUUUGAAGUUUGCUAUAUAACAACUAGUUCAGGCUGUGGCGAAAUCCUGCACGGAGCCUUCACCUUGCGCUGCCACUUUAAGAGCGCAUCAGAGGUCAGAAAGGAAGAAAUAACGAUAGUUAUUCCGGCAAAAAAAUUAAUAAUAAUAAAUAAAAUGUUAAAAAGAUAGUUCUUUCGGCACUCUGGGAGGUAGCUCUUGGUUGGCGCGGCAGUUUGAUUGUAGUGUGCAAUGCUGCAGAAGUCUUGUUUAUUUUCAGCGUGUUGAGUUUGUAAAAUGUUUAACUCGAUUAUCGGUGUUACUGUUUCUUUCUGUCUGUAUUGAUGUGGGGUGGUACUAUUUUGUUUUGUCUACCCCCCAUGCAUACCCUCUGCACUCCUCCACUGGUACAGAUUAUUGCAAAUCCUCUGAUAUUGACGAUUGCGUCCUUUCUUGUAAAUUGUUUCUCUGAAGUUGCCGUUAACUUAAAUUGCUCUGCCAUUAUUAUUGUGUGAGUUAUUAUUGGUGGGGUUACUCCUGUGCUGUCUUGUGUUUUAUAUGGUGUGUCUUAUCUUUUCUCUCCACUGGUUAUGUGGCAAACAGGCUACACUUUAGGCAGUCUCUUCUGCUGAUGUGUGUGGGUCUGGUAGUGGUACUCUCUCUAUCCUACUAUUUUCCUUUCGGCAUGGUUAGUACCUGCAUGGCGCCCAAACAAAAUCUUUAUCUUCACCCCUCUCUAACAAUACCGCUACAAGGCCUUCAUCAAUGUUUCCUUAUUCCUUGAUAACCUUCUGUUAUUAAAAAACGAGGCCAACUGAUCGCUAGGAGCAAGUUACACAGGAAAUCGACUGUUCCUUGACUAUUAGUAUGCGGUCUCAAUAUGGGAGUUAUAAGUAUGUUCUACAGGAGCUGAACGGGUUAACGGGGAAAGUGAAGCAGGUUUUAGAAAAGAAGUAAAAAUGGCAUGUGACUAUCUGAGGAACUACUUGCGAAAUGUUGCGUAUUCCAUGAUCACAUUAUAACUACUGUAAACCCUUGUUAGACUGAGAAGCAUAUGUCCUCUUCUGCGUGUGAUCUCAAGUAGCUUAUAAGUCGAAUACAUCAGGAAGAGUCUUGAGAAGAACCUCACUGGACUCUAUUUGUUGGUGACAAGACACUUUUUCUUCCAAAAAAGGAAACGAAACUCCUUAAUAUGGAACUGAAAAUAACCUUGUCAGGAAAAGGAAAUGGGUCUACAUAUUCUCAGUUGAGUUUCUUUCUAUGCAUUAUUCUGUAUUUCUGGGUUCUAUUUAAUCCAGUAAAUGGCUACACAAUGAAACACUGCAGAAUCAGGGAAUCUCUAAACACGUCUGUGCUAUGUGAUGGCAGGAACCUCAAUGCCGUACCAGCAGACAUCCCAUUAUUGGUGAGAUCUGUAAACAUAGCAAAGAAUAACAUUUCACAGAUAAAAAGUGAGGACUUCAAAGAUCUAAAGUUCCUCAACAUGUUAAUCAUGUACAGCAACAGGAUCUCUCAUGUUGAGAAUGGGUCUUUUUCAGACCUGGUGGCUCUAGAGCAGCUGAAUCUGGCCUUCAACAAACUCACAUCCCUCUCAGACCAAAUGUUUAAGGGCCUGGACAACCUCACAGUACUUCACCUGGAGAACAACCACAUCUCAAGUAUUGCCUCCUCAUCUUUUCAGUUACUCUUCAGCUUGAAGGUACUCAACUUAACCAGCAACAAACUGCAUUGUUUCGGGGAGCUGAAGCACAUUUUACAAUUGCCAAGCUUGCUGAAGUUGUUCAUUGGGAACAACCGCUUGAACUCUUUGCAGUCACAGGAAAUAUCAAAUAGGUCAAUAGGGCUGACAGAGCUGGAUCUAUCCAGGAAUCCUCUGGAGAUCUUCAGCGUCACAGCAGAUAUUUUUCCCUAUCUUAAGAAACUAGACCUCUCCUUCUGUGGCAUUAAUGGAAGCAUGGAAUGGGAUGUAGCGGACAGGUAUUUUCUGAGUAAUGUGAGCAGCCUCGACUUGAGUGGCAUUCACAUGUCUUUACAGGGUAUUGGUUCGGUGCUCCAGAGCAUCAACAUUUCGUUGGCAUCUCUGGGGCUGGAUAAAAUAGGAAAAGAUAACCUCAUUAAUGUAGCCUGCCACAUACCUACACUGAAGACCCUCCGAUUGCAAUGUAACAACUUCAGUAGUGUCUCUGACAAGCUGCUGCAGUCCUGCACACAGGUGACUGACCUGGACAUAUCAGGUAAUAAUAUUACUGACCUGUCAGAAGCUGCUUUUCGAUCAAUAAAAGAUCUUAAAACUCUGAGACUAGGCUAUGAUGGCCUCUCUUCUGUGCCGAAUGCUACAAGGAAUCUCCGCACAUUAAAAAAAUUGGAUCUCAGCCACAACAUCAUCAAAACUUUAGGCUGCUCGGAUUUCUCCAAUCUAAGAAGACUUGAAAAACUCUAUCUUAACAACAAUUUAAUCUCAAACCUUGAAGGGUGUGUUUUCCUGGAUUUAAGGGCCUUAAAUAGCCUGACACUUAGAAGGAACAGAAUCCUAAACUUGGGUAACGCUUUCACAAAGGGUUUGCAACAUCUAAAGAGCUUGGAUUUAGGAUUCAAUAAACUAACCAACAUCAGAACAAAUGACUUCAAAAGCUUAAGAUCACUUGAGGAUUUGGCUUUAUAUGACAAUGACAUAAAGACACUGGAAGAUGGAGCCUUUGUGGGUUUGGCCAAACUUAAAAAUCUUGUCCUGCUAAACAAUGUUAUAGGUAAAAGUGAAAUCCGAGGUGCUGUGUUCAAAGGACUUAGAAGCUUAAAAACUCUCAAUAUGGCUUCAAAUGCUAUCAAAUAUGAAAAAGAUGAACAACUACAACAACCACCCUUCACUGACCUGUCAUCUCUGGAAAACCUCUACAUAUUUAGUCAGCAUUAUAGUAAGUAUAUGAGACAGUCUUGUCUACCUUCCAACUUUCUUGAAGGUCUGAACAUGUUAUCAGAUUUCCAAGCAGGGAAUCUUCAUAUUGCGUACCUGCACCCUGACACAUUCAUUCACACACCCCAGUUGUUGUCCCUUGAUAUCAGCCAGAAUUUCUUCCAUGCCCUCUCCCCAGAGCUCUUUCACCCUAUCCCCAAGCUUAAAAGACUCACCAUCUCCAAAACUGAACUUGAGUCAUUAGAUUUCCUUAUAGAAGCCAAUCUCACUCAAGUCCAUUUCUUAAAGGUGAGACAGAAUAAAAUUACAUGGACCAAUGAGACAGUGCUGCACUCUCUCCCAGCCUUAACUCUCCUGGAUAUGCAAAGGAAUCCUUUCAUUUGUGACUGCAGAAAUGCUUGGUUUGUUCAAUGGGCUGAGAGCAACAACCAAACACAAGUUGCUUAUGCCCAUGACUAUCCAUGUAGCUAUCCAGACGAUCUCAAGGACACUAAACUGUUGGACCUGGACACCCACCCCUGUUCAAUGGACCUAGGCAUCUUCUACUUCAUCUCAACCACUUCUCUGGUCCUCCUCACCCUGCUGGGGUCCUUUAUCUAUCAUCUCCUGAGGUGGCAGGUGGUAUAUGCCUACUACCUCUUCCUGGCUUAUCUCCAUGACUCCAAGCGGAGGAACAGACAAACUCCUCAUCAGUACGAUGCCUUCGUUUCCUACAACACCCAUGAUGAAUGCUGGGUCGUGAGGGAGCUGCUGCCAGAGUUGGAGGGAGAGCAGGGCUGGAAGUUGUGUCUUCACCACCGGGACUUCCAGCCAGGUAAACCCAUCAUAGAGAACAUCACAGACGCCAUCUACAGGAGCAGGAAAACCAUCUGUGUGAUCACCCACCGAUAUCUGCAGAGCGAGUGGUGCUCCAGAGAGAUCCAGGUGGCCAGCUUCCGUCUUUUUGAUGAGCAGAAGGAUGUGCUGAUCCUGGUGUUUCUCGAAGAGAUCCCAGACCACCAGCUCUCACCCUACCACCGCAUGAGGAGGCUGGUGAAGAGACGCACCUACCUGAGCUGGCCAAGAGCUGGGGAGGACACAAGGGUCUUCUGGCAGAAACUCCAGGUGGCUUUGGAGACCAGGGACUGGCCUGCUGAGGAGAACCCCAUCCUCACCGGGGUGGAGAGGCAGUGACAACUGUCAUGCUCCGAUUUAUAUUAUAUUUUUGGUUUUAACUUCUAAAUAUUUAGUUUAUAUGUUACAUGAUUGAAUAACAUUAACCAAUGCUAAUACUUAAUCAAUCCAAGGUUAUAAUAGGCCUACACUUGCUUAGUUACAUGUGUUGAUUCCUAUUUCUAUUUACCUAGCUGGUAUUGCUAAUUCUGAUACUUUUCGCAUUGUGUGUGUUGUCCUGUAUUGCUAGAUAAUAUUGCACUGUUGGAGCUAGAAAAUACAAGCAUUUGGCUGCACCUGCGAUGACAUCUGAAAAUCUGUGUACGUGACUAAUAAACAUUAAUUUGGUAAUUGUCUUUGGAAUGAACAGCUCUGCUAUGAUGUAGCAUUUUCAUUAUUACAUUCAAUUCACUUUGUGCAAUAUGUAUUGUAUCUUGUCAAGUGAAGCAAGUUGAAUAAAGAACACUUGCUAUAUUUUGGA